GAGAGAUUUGAGAAAAAUGUCAGCUUGCUUCGAAUCGAAAAAUGAGCAGGAAACGUAGCCAGGGUAGUCGAGGGCGUGCGACGCAUCGUGCCUCGUACGAGGAGGAAGUUGAGAGCUCGCCACAGGCAAUGACUGUAUCGACGACUGCCGCUGAGAUGGUACCUACGGAUGCGGAGGACCGCAGCACUAGCGAACGCCAACAGGAGCUGCCUAUGAUUCCGCCAACGUCUGUUAUCCUGGUGGCUGCAGCGACACCUACUGAAAUUAAUGAUGCGGAGGCCAACACCGAUCCGGUGGGCAAUGCUAAAAGAGGCGUCAAUGAUAACGCUAAAGGCGCACAAAGGAUAGUUCAUAGUCAGGGCGUUCAAACAAGGAGAUCCUCUUCCAUCUCCGAUUUCUACGAUAGAGAAGAGCCGCUAAUCACUAACAAGACUAAGGUAUACAAAAAAAGAGCUGCAAUACCAAAUCCUGCUGCUAAUGAAUCGGAUGAUUCGAUCUUGGGCCAAGCCGCUGCCCCUUUCGGACCAAACAACGCAUACACACUGCCCACAAACGAUGUGACAGAUUCGCCCAGAUCCGAUUCAUCGGACAGGGCAAAGAUAUCCCAGAGUACCAGCAGCGUUAAUUACACCAGCAGCGGCACGAUAAUUAUCACCGAAGGGGAAUUGAUGGAGCUCGAUGCAAUCGAUUUUCAGCUUGGGAAUCUGCCUCCACGCUUUAGACUGCAGUCUGGCCUGGCCUUCAUCUAUAUGGCGAUACCGCCGGACGGCGGCUUUGGCUGGGUGGUGCUGGUACUCAGCUUUCUCUCGCAGCUUAUUGUGGAUGGCAUCGUUUUCUCCAUUGGCAUACUACUGCCGGCUAUGGAGAAGGACUUCCAAGUGCACACCUCCGAGGUGGCCCUGUUGGCCAGCAUACAAAUUGGAUGCUAUUUCAUGGGCGGCGCUUUCUCCAGUGCGCUGAUCAACAGCUACGGCUUUCGACCGGUGGCUAUGCUGGGCGUGGUCAUCUCAGCGUUGGCCUUGACGGCAGCCAGCUUCAGUCCAAAUUUGACUGUUAUGAUCAUAGUCUACAGCGUCAUUGUCGCCGCAGGUGGACCCGGACUGAGCAUGAUAUGGGUGAGCUCGCAGCUCAUCAUUGGCUUCUACUUUGAGCGGUAUCGGGCACUGGCCAGCGGCUUCUCCUGCUCAGGCGCUGGUGCUGGCAUUUUGAUUUUCUCCAUUACUAACAAUUUACUGGAGCAACAAAUCGGCUGGCGCAAUACAGUUCGGUGCCAGGCCGUGUUCAUUUUUCUUCUUUUCUUUGUGACGUUGGCCUAUUUGGAGGUGAAGCCAUCGCCAGUGGGCGUGGUUCAUCGUUUUCCGGACUUGAGCUCCAGCUCAUCUGAGUACUACGGCAAUUUCUAUGUGCACAAUUUUCUAAGCGAAGACCUCUCCACGAGGAGAUCCCAUCCCGUGUUAGAUACCUUCGAGCCAAACAAGAAAAUGACCAAGCGAAAACGCUGUACGAACUUUAUCUGUCCUUGUUGUGCCAAGCUUGAUGAUGACGCCAAGGCCGAUAGUCCUGAAGUGAACUAUGUGGUACGCCCAGAUCCCAUGCAGCGCGAUGAUCUCUUCUAUACGGGACCCAUUGAUUACGACAAGCCGCAUCACAGGGAGCAGUUUGAUGGCAAGGAACUCGAGCUGGUUGGCACCGAAACACAUCUGCAAAGUGCCGCCUAUGGUCUACACAAUAUACACAAUUAUAACAGCACCAGCGAAUCGUCUGAGUGGAAUUCCGCUUCCGAAGGCCAUAUUGGAAGCCACCCGAACACUCACAGGUACCCCGCAAGCCCCAUUUCUCUGCAACACAAGCGCUUUAUUACUCGCAAGUCAAAGAAUCGUUGCUGGAUCCAUCGGAAGAUUAUAAAGGCCAUGAAUCGUCUGUUCGAUACGCAUUUGCUGAAGAGCUUUGAGUUCCGAGUGCUACUGGCCUCCGCUUUCUUCUAUCCCAUGGGCUUCAAUAUACCCUUUCUGUAUUCCAAGAUGCGCACCACGAUUCCCAUAAAAUAUGCUCAGAUGAUUGGCCCAGCCAUCGGCACCUCCAACUUGGUAAUGCGCAUUCUGUGCGGCUUUGUGGCCUAUAAGCUGAGAAACUGGACAAACUACAUCUGUGGCGGUGGCAUGGUCCUAGGUGGCAUGGUGGUCUUCAUCAGUGCCUUCUUUGGCAGCGAUUUGGUCUGGUUUCAACUCUUCUACGGGCUGUGCUAUGGCGUUGCUCCAGCUGUCUAUGCCACGCUGCGCGCCAUCAUCUAUGUGCGGUACUUGGGCCUCUCGAGGCUGACGACGGCCUUUGGCAUUACCAGCUUGGUCAUGGGGGCAGGCGUGUUCCUAGGCACAUCUCUGGGUGGCGUUAUGGUGGAAAAAACAGGCGGUUUCAUGGCGGCGUUUAUAUUUUCCGGCUUAUGCAUAAUACUGUCCGGAAUGCUGAAGCUGAUUUUGCCGCUGCUGAUCAAAUACCGAAACAAGCGGUUUAAGAAAAAUACGGGCUUUGUUUGAAGUACAGUUUACGAUGCAUUAGUUUUAUUAGUUAUUGUUGUUGCUUCUGUUCUUAUACCUUGUUGUAUUUUACAAAAUAUUUUAUGCACUUGCACUAUUUGCUUGUUAUUCCUGCCUUUGCAUUUCUUUACACUUUUUAUGUCUGUUUAAUGUCUAAAUGGAUUUAUUUUACAUUUUAUUGGCUGCUUAAGGUGUGCGAGCUGCUUGGGCUUUUGUUACUGAACUCAAUCGGAAUAACUUUUACUUUACAUCUUAUGGACUGGCUCUAGCUAUGCUUCUCAAACUGUUUGGCUAUCAGCUCUCAGUUAUUUCUGUUUUGCUAAAGACAUUUCCAGCUCGAACUCGCACGCGCAAUGCCUGCUGUGUGUCUCUCGAACCGCUUAAUUAAGAUCAGAAAUUCAUAUAGCUAUCAAAGUGUUGACCAUUUUACAUUCAAAUUGUGUUGCUUUCAAACUGUUCCAAGGGCUUUCAAACUAUUUGUAUCUGAACUUGAGCUUAAAUUAUUUCAUAUUACCUACGCUGGGCUGCUCAAACGCUCAAACGCUCAAUCAAUUAAUGCGACUGUCAAACGUUACUUUUAUUUUGGUCUCUAAGCGCCUGUUAAACUGUUUUUUCUUUUUAAUAAAUGAGUUGUAAUGUCUCUUCUUACAGUGUUUGUUCUUUUUAUGUUUUGUCGUGGCUCUCAAACUGUUAUGUUCUCCUCACAGUUCUGGAAACUAGAUUUUCAUCGACUGCAGUUGUUUUUCUUUGACUUUUAUUGUAUUCUGUUAAAGUUUAAUUAACUUAGUUUACAUCUAAUGUUAGCUUAAUUGCUGUGCACACACACACACAGAGUGUGUGUUUGUAUGUUGUUUUUGGUUUUUAUUUUUACCUUGUUUGGUUACGCAAAUGUUCACGCUUUGUUUUGGGUUUUUGUGUUUUUGUUUGGUUUGAUUUUUAGUCAAUAUACUUUGAUAUGCGAGGGCGGUUUAAUAAAAAGCCAAAGAUAUCGGUUACAAAACGCCUUAAAUGAAGAACUAAUUUUACAUUAAUUGUUUUUAUUAUAAAUAUUUUGUUAAUAUUUACUAAGCCGCUCUCGCAUCUUCGCUUCGAAUCUUUAAUUUGUACGUCUACUAUAAAGAUUUUCUUUCAUUUUUUUUUUG